CCUAAACCUAAAAAUUUACUUCCACCAUCUCUUCAUAUUUACACACACAGACCAACCAUUUCUCUCUCUCUCUCUCUCUCUCUCUCUCUCUCUCUCUCUCUCUCUCGGUGUAAAUUCUUCAAACUGCUAUGUUGUAAAAACGUAGCUCCGCCAUGGACGCACAGGUGAGUUUUCAUUUCUCCAUUUUCGCUACAUUUCUCUCGAAUUUCUUCGCGAACUUAAGGUUUCGUUUCUCGAUUCUCCAACUGUGUCCCUUGUUCCAUUAAUCAAAACGGCUGACGAAAGUUAGCGUUUCCACCUUUUGUUUCUGCAACGCCCCUUUCCCAUUUUCCGAGUCGCUAUCGUGUUACUUACUACUCUAGGGCAAAAUCAAAACCCGUGUGUGACCCUAAAACCCUUAUCACGACGCCGUUUUACAUCACGAAUACGAAACUUUCCUUUUUACUUUUAAUUUUUUUGUGUGUAUUAUUUUAUCCUAAGUUUCCAUGAAUAGAUACUGAUUAUAUUUGUCGAAGAGAUAACGUUCAGACAAUGCAUGCUUGAUUUGCGGAUAUUAUAAUCUUGGUUUUGUUUUGUGUUUGCUUAAUUUUAGGGUUUUUGGUUAAAUCCCAAGAUGCUUAACUUUUAUCUCUACUGAAAAAUCGGAUUGUAUUGUGAGAAAAGUCUUUUGAUUUUUUAACACGAGCCCUAAAUCAAAGAAACACUUCAUUCCAUAUGUGAAUUUAUCUAUUAUUAAUCUCGAUCCCAAUGACGUAUAAUUACCAAUUGAUAGCUUACCUUUUCUCACGAGAUAUACACGAAGUCAAACAUGAAUUAUCCUUGUUUGUUUUUUUGACUUUUUCUUGAUAAUAUUGUGCGUUGUGCAUCAGUUAUAUAAACGAUUUGUUUCUCCUUCCACAAGUCACAUACUUGAAGUAAAAUCAUACGAACAAGAACAAGAAUAAGAAAAAGAAAAAGAAAAAGAUGCAUCAACUUUUGGCUCUUCUGAUCAUCUCUGUUUUCAAUUAUAAUCCGUUUAUCAUCCAGGAUAAGAGUAGAAUGUAUACGGAUGCUGAUUAUUAUCCUCAGGUGUAUGAUGAUGAUGAUUAUUUGGGUGACAUUCUUAAUAUCUUGGAUUACCCUGUUGAGACUUUGGAAGGAGACGCUCUUGUUGAAGAUUGGGCGGAGAAACUUGGUCCUAUCCCGUCGGAAGUUUUCAGAGAGAUUCUCCCGCCGCCAGUCGGCAAUGUCAAUGGCGGUGGUGGCUCUGCAGAUUCCUUCCCGGAAAGUUAUCUUCUUAAAGACACAAAACCUCAUCAGCCAAUUCUUUAUGAAGAAGAAGAUCUAACCUUAAAAAAAUCAAAACCAAGAUCCUUUGAAGCACCUAGCCCUGAUUCAGUCCUUGAACGCAGAAUGUCCAGCUCAGCAGGCAAAACAAUCUCAUUUGGAACCGAAAUAGCAAUUCCGGUCAGGACUCGAACGAAGCGGGCAAGGUCAACCCUGACCGAGAAUCCAUGGUCAAAGUCAACUCUACCAAUCCCUCUUCAAAAAGUCAAGGAAAAGAAAAAGAGAAGAAAUAUUGGUCAACAACAAAAUGGUAACAAUGAAAACAAGAAAUGCAGCCAUUGUGAGAUAACUAAAACCCCACAAUGGAGAGAAGGCCCAAUGGGCCCAAAAACACUUUGUAAUGCAUGUGGGGUCCGCUACAGAUCCGGGCGGUUGUUCCCGGAGUACCGCCCGGCGGCUAGCCCAAGUUUUGUCCCGGCUUUGCAUUCAAACUCUCACAGGAAGGUGGUGGAGAUGAGAAUGAAAGGAGGAGGAGUGAAUGAUGAUUAUUUUAAAAAGAAAGUGUGGAGCUCCAAUUUAAUAGACACUAGUUGAUUUUUUGUUAGUUGUUGUUUUUUGAGCUUGUGUAAGACUUAGAAAAUUAGAUGAUUGUUAUGAUUUUAUUAAAUAGGUGAUCGUUUGUUUGA